GAGAUAUGGAAUAAGUUCUUAGAGUUCGAGUGUCAUAUCGGAGACCUUUCGAGUGUUAUUAAAGUGGAGAAAAGGAGAGCCGUAGCCAUAGAGCGGCUCAACAAACAGACCUCAGAGACGGCGUGGCUGGUCGACAGAUACAAGUUCCAGAACCUAUUGCCCUGCUGUCAGACUGAGCUCAAGUCCAUCGGUUAUGUGAUUAAACAGCACCAAAAUAAUCCGUUCACACCGACCGUCGCCAACGUCGUGUCGGCCGCCCUUCCAUCCAAUCUCACCACUUAUCCAAAGCCCGACUUCUCUCAAAUGGUUCCCUUCAAACCCAAACCAAAUCCGAUCGGCAAUUUGAUACCCGGGGGUGUCUUCCCGCCGCCCCCAGCGGUCACCACACUAUUGGCACAAUUACCUCACCCGUCGUCAUUCAACGGUCCGUUUGUUAAUAUUGAUGAUCUGAUUGGUCUGAUUCGUACAAAGUUCUCAACUCUGGACUCCACUCUACGGCCGGAAGGCCUCACUCCCCAAGAAAGCCGCAAGUAUUUCAGUAUUGCUGUCGAGGCGGCCGAAACCAACGCCAAUAAUAGUAAGCGAGCCAUGAAUGAAGAGGAGGAGGAGGGAGAGGGCGAUGACUCGAGUCUAGUGCCCCCGCAGUUCGAUAUCUACCGAAGCAGACAAUUGCAGAAAAGACCCCGAAACUAGUUCUUAAUUCAGAUUUUAUUUUUCAUUAAUUUGUUUUUCUC